UGGUGGCAUUGCAGCACAGUUCUCGUUUGCAAACUAUUGAAACAGAAUGUAUCCGUUGCAAGGAAAGCGCAUCGUACUUGGACUGCUGGCAUUGUUAAGCUUGCUGUCCUUGGUCGCUGGCUCACCAAUUCAUGGACAUAGAUCAGAGCGCGCUGGACGCACUUAUUCGGAUAUAGCGCGGGUCAUUAACCCACACCCCUAUGCGGCGAUAGGAUCACGCGUCUAUCCGGGACAGCCCUUCUGGUCUGCGGGACGUUAAAAAUAUAAAUAAAAAUUAUUAUAAUUUUAAAAUACGUCGUAAUAUAAUUUUGUUAAAAUAAGUACAAUAAUUUAAGUCAUGAACCAAAUUAAAAUGUGAUGCUCACAAAUCAAUGGCCUAUCAUAA